CCGCAUUCGUUCACAGUGGCCGUUGCAGUGUGGUGUGAGCGAGGUCUGCCUAAGUUGCCGAAAUGAGUGAUAGCGAGGCCGUGUACCAUCCGGACCCCGCUUUGUCGCGGCGGUCCUACAUAGGAUCCAUGAAGCAAUAUCAGGACAUGUACAGACGUUCUAUUGACGAACCUGAGGAGUUUUGGGGUGAUAUGGCUAAACAAUUCCAUUGGGAAACUCCUGUGACUUCAAAGUUUCACUCAUACAAUUUUGACAUCACCAAAGGACCAAUUUCUAUAAAAUGGAUGGAAGGUGCAACGACAAACAUAAGCUACAAUUUGCUCGAUCGAAAUGUACGGAAUGGACUUGGCGACAAAAUAGCGUUUUACUGGGAGGGGAAUGAUCCAGAAGAUUAUAGCAGAUUAACUUACAAGAAAUUGUUGGAAGAAGUUUGCCGUUUUGCUAAUGUGCUUAAAUCCCAUGGUGUUACCAAAGGUGACAGAGUUGCUAUCUAUAUGCCAAUGGUGCUAGAAGUUGUAAUCACAAUGCUGGCUUGUGCACGUAUUGGAGCUGUACAUUCCAUUGUGUUUGCUGGUUUCUCUGCUGAUUCUCUGGCAGAGAGGAUGCUUGAUUCAAAGUGCAAAUUACUUGUUACUGCAGAUGGAGCAUGGCGAGGAGAGAAAUUGUUGCACCUUAAAGAAAUCUGUGAUAAUGCUAUGGAAAGGAGCAAGAAAUUAGGACAUGAAGUGGAAACCUGCAUAGUUGUCAGACACUUGCCAAGGUUAAGUGCCUCACAGUGUCAGAAUGGUUGUGAAAAAGCUAAUUUCUCACCAGAAAAAAGGAAAGCAUAUGAUGAAAAGGAUGUGUUCGGAGAAUCAUGGUCAUCACUUGCACGUGGGUUUUCCUUAGCAUUUUGUUGCCGUAGGAAGAAACAAAAGAAUCUGCACAAUGACAAAGAGACAAAGGUACCCUGGAAAGAUGGGAGGGAUCACUGGUGGGACGAUGAAAUGGAAGAUGCUUCUUCCUCAUGUUAUCCUGUGUGGAUGGGAGCUGAAGACCCACUAUUCAUGCUGUACACCAGUGGGUCCACUGGUAAACCAAAGGGAGUACUUCACACCACGGCAGGGUAUCUUUUGUAUGCUGCAACUACUUUCAAGUAUGUUUUCGACUAUCAUCCAGGAGAUGUCUAUUGGUGUACUGCAGAUGUUGGUUGGAUCACAGGUCAUACAUAUGUUGUUUAUGGGCCCUUAGCUAAUGGUGCAACAUCUGUAAUGUUUGAGGGAACACCAUUCUACCCAGAGAAUGACAGGUUCUGGCAGAUAGUAGACAAAUACAGGGUGAACCAAUUCUAUACUGCUCCCACUGCAAUCAGAGCUCUGAUGAAAUUUGGUGAUGAACCAGUGAAAAAACAUAGUUUAAAGACACUGCAGGUACUUGGUUCUGUUGGUGAACCAAUCAAUCCAGAAGCAUGGAUGUGGUAUUACAAACUUAUAGGCCAUAGCAAAUGUUCGAUCGUAGAUACUUUCUGGCAAACAGAAACAGGAGGGCAUGUUCUUACGCCAAUUCCUGGAUGCACACCAAUGAAACCAGGAUCUGCUACAUUUCCUUUCUUUGGUGUUCUCCCAGCCCUACUGGAUGAAAAUGGAAGAGAGAUAACUGGCCCAGGUGAAGGGUACUUAGUUUUCAGGAGGCCAUGGCCAGGUAUUAUGAGGACAUUGUACGGAAAUCAUGAGAGAUUUGAAACGACAUACUUCAAGAAGUUUCCUGGAUAUUAUUGCACUGGAGAUGGAGCAAGAAGAGACAAAGAUGGAUACCUCUGGAUAACAGGGCGUGUAGAUGACAUGCUAAAUGUCUCUGGGCAUUUGCUUAGUACAGCUGAAGUGGAAUCUGCUCUUGUAGAGCAUGCAUCAGUUGCGGAAGCUGCAGUAGUAUCACAAGCACAUCCUGUUAAAGGAGAGUGCUUAUACUGCUUUGUGACUCCCGUCGAGGGAGCAGAAUUUUCGAAAAAGCUUGUUGAUGAUUUGAAACGGAAAGUUCGUGAGAAAAUUGGACCAUUUGCAGCACCAGAAGUUAUUCAGUAUGCCCCAGCAUUGCCUAAAACCCGUUCAGGAAAGAUAAUGAGGAGGGUACUAAGAAAAAUUGCACAAAAUGACAGAGACAUUGGUGACAUAUCAACUUUAGCAGAUGAAAGCAUUGUUGAAAUUUUAUUCCAGAACAGGCCAGCUGGGCUUAAAGGUUAAAGAGCAACCAAUCAAUGUGCCACUGCGUACCAAACAAAUCAGUAUUUGUAACAUUUGUAAGUGUUGUGUUAUAUGUGUAAAUGUUUUAGCUGCUAAUUGUGUAAAUAAAACUGAGAAAGGACUGACAAUUUAGAUGGACAUUGUUAAAUGUGACUUCUUCCAUUACAUCUUCAUUGUGACAGCUUAAAUUAUGGAAUGUGGAAAAUUUCACUGUGCAUUGACAGAAAAAUAUAGUUUAAAUAGAUCCCUUGAAAAUUUUAAAUGUUGUAGAACCAUGCAUGCACAAUGAAAUUGAUGACAACACAUUUCCUGUUUCCUGCCACAGUUCCAGUAACAAAAUGCACUCAGUAUUCUCUAAAUGGAAUAAAUGUAAUAUUAUUUUUUGCUGGACUUUUAGAUGAAAUGACAUCCACUUUAGUCAUUUUAAUGAUCUCAUUGCCCUUUGUUGAGGGUUUGUGUUUAAAUGACACAAGAAAUGCAUAACAAUGCAGAAACGAUACAUAUCAUUUCAGGAACAAUUUUGUAAUUAAAUGUGCAAGGUCAUAUUCAGGAUAAAUAUUUAUUGUACAGAACAUGAAAACAUACGUCCAACUAUUUUUAACUCAUUUUGAGAUUGUACAAUUUAUGCUUAUUAAAUUAUGUUCAAAAGUUUUCUAUUUUUGUGGUAAAUAUCUGUGUACAAUAGGCAAAUGAAAAAUUAAAUAAAAUUUUAAAGUUUUA